AUGUCGCAUUCAUGGCCCCGCGAAACAGUUCCCCUUCGUCUAAAGCAAAAGCAACUUGCAUGUUCCUUUUGCCGAGCGCGCAAGCUCAAGUGCGAUAGUCUUACACCGGCUUGCUCUUCUUGCAUCAGACUUGAUAGAGCAGACACAUGCUCUCUAGGCACCCAACAGCAUGGGCAAGAUCGAGAUUACACGGGGUAUUUGAAACGGAGACUUCGGGUUUUACAAGAGCGUUUAACGGGUCAUCUAUCCGGAGAAGAACUUGAUGAAGAAGAAAGUGCAGAUUUUACUAAAUUAGUGGAUGAGGUCGACGCAACAUCGCUGGAGUUGCCCUCAAAAUUGCGAUGUGGUCUUCCUCUGUCACAAAUCAUCAUUGCCUCUACUUGCGCUGUUAACCUUUCUGAAGCUGAAGCGCAAGAGACGGAGCUGUCUCUUCCACAGGAAGAUAUCGGUUCGAUGUUGAGUGGGUACUAUCUCGAGCACAUUCACGCCGUGACUACGCCUUUUAUUUCCACACAGUCAAUCCGGACCCAAUUUGAUCUAGUUUAUUCUUCAUCAAGAGAAGUUGGGGCAUAUCAUAGUGACUAUAACACGGCCUGCUUUAAUGUUCUUAUGAUCAUGGCCAUUGCAACUGCUUCUCUUUCUCAAAGGGGCUAUUCUAUAUUAAAUUCAACCGCCAGGACUCUUUUCCGACGCGCUUUUCGUCUCUUUGGCAACUAUCUGGUAAAUUCCGAAACGCUGAUAGAAACCAUUCAAGGACUACUCUUUUUGAUACAGUAUGGAAUGCUGAAUCCGUCUGAUGUACAUGUCAGCUAUCUUAUCAACGCCGGUGUACGAAUGUGCGUUGAUCUUCAAUCACAUCGGAAUGUUGAGACAAAUGAUGAGACGCAGCAGGUUAGCAGAAGAUUGCGUUGGACCAUAUACAACUUCGACUGUUCCUUUUGCAUUGCUAGGUCGGUACCAUGUGCCUUGACAGAUGCGGGCUGGAAACUACAUGUUUCUGAAGAAGAUUCACUGUAUCACGCGCAAAAAUGCAGAAUCAUCCAGCUGCAAUCAGCUAUCUUUGAUCAACUACAUACAAACUCCGAAGUUUCCCUGGAUUCGGUUGAACGCCUUGCCACAAGACUGGCCACAUGGGACCAGCAAAACAUACAAAUUAAUUCUAUUAAUUUGAUACGAUCACUUAGGAGGGAAUUUUAUCAUGCAACGAUUCUCCUAUACCGCCCAUGCCAAGCACUCAAAAAAAGAUCUCCAGAGCAUUUAUUACACUUGUGGAACUAUUCACUUGAAUUCGCACAAAUCCAGCGAGACUGUACUGAAGAGAUGUUAGAUCUCGCCGCCUCUGCGGAAUGGGCUUUCACUACCGGAAUUGCACUAAUAUACUCUUACCAAGAAAUUGUUCGUUGUAAAGACCAGCAAUACGCAACAAAUGCGGCCGCAGUACGACUCAGUCCUUUGUGGACUGGCGUUCAAAACAUCAGCCAUGUACUACGGUCUGUAUCUCAGCAAUGGGCAGAUGCGACAAAUAUUCUUCACAGGUUUGAACACGUUGUUGAAGAAAGCAUUGCAAGGGUUGAAGAUUUGAUGGACGGGUGUGAGACUAUAAUCUUUCCUUCUGAUGUCAAUGACAUAUGGAGACAUGCAAGUGUGACCAACGAUUUGCUUUUAGACAAAAGAACAAGGCACAUGGAACUGGACAAAAAUGAAGAGUUGGCAUGGUGUUUCAUCCACUCAUGGAGCCACAUGGGGCGACAGCAAGACAGUAAUGGAUAUUGA